GGCAGCUGCCACCAUGGAGGAGUCCGCGCUGGAGCAGCCGAAGAGCUACUUCACGCACAUCUCGCAGGUCCAGGGCAAGGUGGUCAGCGCCAAGGGCCUCCCGAGCAAGGCCGGGCUGGGCACCACGGCCAUCUUCUGCGUGGUGAAGGGCAUCCGGUCCAACAACCACCUCGUCAACAUCCACGCCACGAGGCUGGUGUACAACACCCUGUCCCCGUCGUGGGUCGAGGACUUCACGUUCGACUGCCCCGAUAGCUGGGGCGUCGUGGAGCUGGUGGGGCUGAAGUUCUUGAUAUACGACAGCCCGAACUCUUCAAGCAGCUUGCAAGGUACCGACGACUUUCUGGGAGGCGCGGACCUGGACCUCUCGUCGGUGGCCCGG